AUGACGUCAUCGAACACGCCACCAUCGCCAACUACACCGCCACCACGGACCCCACAUCCCCAGCGCCAACUACACCGCCACCACGGACCCCACAUCCCCACAUCGCCAACUACACCGCCACCACGGACCCCACAUCCCCAGCGAACGCUAACGCCACCAACGCACGUCUCCGCAACAAACAACGACUGCAGAAAAGGUGGUUUUAUUACCGGUGGCCAUGCCAGUGGCGGUAUAAUCGCCGGAGGAGGCGGAAAUGGCGGUAGCGGCGUCAUCGCCGGGGGCAGUGCAUCGGGCGGCAUCGCGGCAGGCGGAAACAAUGGCAACGGCGGCUUCUUUGCAGGAGGAAGCGUCAGCGGAGGCGCAAUUGUCGGACGUCCAGGCUAA